GGUGCUGAAGCUGCGCGCCCCUCAGACGACGCAGCCUCACAAGCCAGAUAGCUUCUUUUUUUUACCCUCCCGGAGUAAAACUAUCAAACGUUAAUGUUAAUGUUUAAUUCCGCCAAGCGCUAACUUUUUUUAAUUUCGCCGCCCUUUUUCUCCCCAGUCCAAGAAGCGCAUCCUUUAUGCACAGCACGCCGCUCACAGAGCACCAUGGCCGGCUCCAGUCACUACUAGGCAGCAUGGACGCCAAGCAGCACCACAUAAAGAGCCUCAAAAGCUACCCGGAGACCAGCGGCAGGAGUCUGGCAGCAGCGGCGGCGGCGGCGGCGACAGGGAGCGGAGGCGGUGGCGGAGACGCCGGGGGUCGAGUCGGCGAGAUGGACAUGGAGACGAAGAUCCAGAAAGCCGUCGACUUCAAGGCCGAGGGGCACCGCUGUUACAAGGAGAAGAAAUUCCGCGAGGCGAUAGGUAAAUAUCACCGGGCUCUGCUCCAGCUGAAGGGGACGCACGUCGUCGACGGAACCACCGGCUCUGAGGUCAACCUGCUCAGCCAAGCGGCCGUCAAGCUGACCGAGGACCAGCGGAGAGCCGUGGAGAGCACCGAGAUUGAGUGUUAUGACAGCCUGACAGCUUGUCUGUUGCAGUCCGAGCUGGUCAACUAUGAGCGGGUGAAGGAGUACUGUCUGAAGGUGCUGAGUCAUCAGAGGGAUCACUUCAAGGCCAUGUACCGCGCCGGCAUUGCCUUCUACCACUUGGGCGACUAUGAGUGUGCCCUACGCUACCUGAAAGACGCCAAGAGCCGCGAGCCUACAGACACCAACGUGCUGCGCUACAUCCAGCUGACAGAGAUGAAGAUGAGCAAGAGUGGACUGCGAGAACGGGAGAUGGGCAAAGAGACGCAGGGCUGACCUUUGGCCUUUCCCGCCCGCCUGACGCCCUUAAUCCUAUUUUGACCUUUCCCGUGGAAUCCUGCCUCAGCCCUUCUGACGAUGACAGCACAUGGGCACAGACCAGGUGACGGACAUCCUCCUCCUCUCCUCCUGUUUGUCCCUCAGGUGCUGUGGCUCUUCUUCUCCCUCCAGCUGUGUUGUACUCCACUCCAACAUGGACGUUACAAAAGCUUUCCUUCCCCGCUCUCCUGCUCCUUCUCUGUCGGAGGAGAAGAUGAGAAAGAGGUGUGUGACACAUCCAGCAGAGCGUGUCCAUGAAGGCAUCAUCAGGAGGGCUCACUCAGGCCCUUUAAGCAGACUUUUCCUCUUCUCCAUAUUUGGAAGUCAUGGAUAACACUUAUGGACCUUUCUUUUCCAAUUAAGGGCUAAUUUGAUGUGUUUCUAAUUUCUCGCUUUUUUCCCCCAGUCUCCAACUGUGCGGCACUGCAGUUUCUUGAGUUUGUUGUCAAAAAGCCCCCAGAGAUUUUCCUGACAAAACUGACUUAAAAAAAACUAAACACAGUAACCACAAAUACAACAAAACAUUCAAUUUCACAAAUCUAAAAUCUUAAAAAGUUAUAUUCAAAAAGAAAACAUGAUAAAUCUAUUUAUUAAUAUAUUUUGGAAUAUUUGAUACUGAUCACAACAUGUAAAUACAUUAUUAUUAUUAAUAAUAGUAUAUAUAUGAUCAGAAACACUGAUCUAAAAUGUAGCCACAAAUAUAACAAGAGGCACUUAUUGGCCACAACAUUAUUUAUUUUGAUGACCAAGUGUCCUAACACCUCUCCAUAGGACACACUCUUACCAAAACAAGUCAAGCCACUAUUUUAUCUGAUGUUGAUUUGAUGUUAUUCUAUUUCACUUUUAUAUACAGUACAGGCCAAGAGUUUGGACAUACCUUCUCAUUUCAAUGCGUUUUCUUUAUUUUUCAUGACGAUUUGCCCUGAUGUGGGAUCCGAGCCGAGGAUGUUGUUGUGGCUUGUGCAGCCCUUUGAGACACUCGUGAGUUAGGGCUAUAUAAGUAAACAUUGAUUGAUUGAUGAUUGAUUGAUAUUUACAUUGUAGAUUGUCACUAAAGGCAUCAAAACUAUGACACCUGGGAAGUGAAAACCAUUACAUUGAAGCUCAUGGAGAGAAUGCCAAGAGUGUGCAAAG